AUGUCAACAAGCAUCCCGAGAAACUCCGGUACUGUCCUACGGCAGAUUGCGGAUACAUUUACCGAGUCAGUCCCACCGAGAACCCAAGAUAUUUUGAAUGUCCGAGCUGCGGCAAAGCGACAUGCCCCUCAUGCCACAACUCUCAUCCCGCAAUAUCUUGUGCGGAACGUCGAGACAAGAUUGCCAGAGGAGACGAAAAGAAACUGCGAAAGUGCAAGCGGAAGCUUGGGGUCAAGGACUGCCCCAAAUGCCACGCGCCUAUCGAGAAGUGGUAUGGCUGCGACCACAUGA